AUGUCCAGCACCGUGACGCUAACGCUGGAGGCGGACGAUGUCCGCUCGCGGCUCAUCUGCGAGGUGCGGCACCCCACGCUGACGGCCCCGCUGAGGGGGACGUACCGGCUCAGCCAAGCCCUGCGAGUUUCCCCCAGUGUCCGUGUGGUCGCUGACCCGCCAAGCCCCGUUGAGGUGAACAAGACCGUGAACUUCACCUGCAACGUGAAGGAUUUUUACCCAGGAGUUGUGGCCGUCACCUGGCUGGAGAACGGGACAGAGAUGAACGUGGAGAAUGUCUCCCGGCUGGUGGAGACCCCCCAGGGCUUGUUCAAGCUGAGUAGCGUGGUGGAGAUCAAAGCGGUGGAGGAGAAGAACGAGUCGGUGUUCACAUGCC